GAUUCAGGAUUAGCCACUUUCGCAAAUUUAAGUGGAUCCACCGUCCAUGUGACAGAUGAUCAGAACCAAUCUCGCCGGAGCGUGACUAUUUUGUCGGUUCGAUUAGUUUAAUUUCCGGAAAUAGACAUGGCUGGGAAGAAAGGAAAAGGAAAGCAAGCAGUCAUUUGCCUCUCUUCCUCUGAAUCAGAAGAGGAAGAGGAGGAAGAAGAAGAAGAAGAUGAUAGUGAUGUGGAAGACGAAGAGACGACUAGUCAGUCCUGCAGCGACGAGGGGAGCGAUUGGAGCGACGAGGGGAGCGAUUGUAGCGACGACGAGGAAGCAAGUUCCGAAUCCAUGGAAGAUGAUGAUGACGACGAAGGCGGUUCAGAGUCGACGAAACUGCUCGACAUUGAAGCAAGCUGCAAUAGAGUCAUCCACCUUCUCAAAGGAGGGACUGAUCUACAAGAACUUAAACUGGAAGAGUGCAAAGCAUAUUUGCGGAAGCAUGGAUUGAGAUUAACUGGGAACAAAGCAAUUUGUAUACAAAGAAUACAGGAGCACUGGAGGAUAAAAGAUGGAAAUGCUGAGAAACUAUAUCCGAGAUCAUCCUUUGUCAUUACCUGUACAGGAGAUGUCUGUAAAGGUGAUGUUGUUUUGUUUACACAGAGGGUUUAUGAGAGAUAUGACAAAGUGACAAGGAAUGGGAAUCUUCUGGGAAAACGAACCGUUGCUGGAAGGGUUGUGAAGGAAAGUUAUGGUGCAGCCAAACAGCAACAUACAUUUACGGUUGAAAUACUCUGGAGCAAGGGUUUCAAGAGAUUGCCUCCACUAUUUCCUUUGCUUGUGAAGGGCCGCAACCUCUACAGACUGAAAACUUUUCGACAGAGAUGGGAUGAUGAAGAAGAGAGAUCCAGAGUUCUUGCAGAAAAGCACAGAAGGGGCACAGCGGCAAGGCAUCUUAGAGCAAUGAAGAUUGCACAAUCUGCAAAUCAAGGUAGCAAGCGCAGGAGACAAUCGCAUAGGCGACAAUCCCAUCGUGCAAGUUCUCCAAAGAGGAAAAGAAUCCAAGAAUUUGUAUCUUCAACUCAAACAAAAAGGCGCAAAGGCAUUGAUUCCCGUGGAAAGGCCCCACGACUUGAACAGGCAAAAGCAAAGAGUAUUGGCAAGGCAAGGAUUCCUAAAUCAUCCUCGAGAAAAAACCUUGAAGAUAAAGUUCCUAUGUUUCAUGUAUACACACAAAAUAGAGAUCCCCAGACAGAGUACUGGUCACAAAUGCAAUACCGACCUAAGAAUUUUCAGUUUAUGGGUCAUGAAAAUAGAGGGCCAUGCCAUGUUUCCAAUUACAAGGCAGGCCCUGCUUCAGAUGCAGCGAGAUCGAUACCUUUCAGGCCUUAUACAAAUCCAAUGGUGGUACCUGCUUUGAGACAUCAAGAAUACAAUCAGAGGAACUAUGGCUUCCCUGCAUAUGCAGAUUCCGCAUACCAGCUUGGUGUGGGGAAUAUAAACCAUUUGGUGGAACGAGACAGUACAUACAUCCAAAAGCCUAUGGGAGCUGAGAUGUAUGGAGGACAAAGGAGUGGUUUCUUGCGUUGUUCUAUGCCAGGUUGUGGUGACCUGGGAACUGAUGGCUGUGUUGUGACUUCAUGUUGGAGAUGCUGCAGGAGGACAGGGAGGAAAUGCUCACGACACCAAAGAAAUUUCCCAUUAUAAUUCUAAUUUUGUCUUGCCCUUGACAGGGA